ACAUGAAAGAAGGAUCUCGCGACAGUCGGAAGUGAUCCACAGAAAGAACUCAACCGGAUCGUGGAACCAUCGAAAUGCUGCAAGAUAAGGUCCGUCACAGGAUAAAGACUAAACGACCUCCCAUGCCAUGCCUGACCCUGUACUUGCUAGUCCUCCAGCUGACUGUUGUUUAAACUGUUUCCCCCAUGAAGGGGUGCCCCGAGGCAAAUGGGCUCGAAUUGCGGAUAUCGAAACUUACGUCUCGAAACCAGUACCCGAGAGAAAUACAAAGCAGAUCAUCUUGUAUUUUCCAGACGUAUGGGGAAUCGACAUAUUCGUGAACGGGCAGCUUUUAGUCGACUACUUUGCCAGUCAGGGAUUUACAGUUUUGGCUUUGGACUACUUCAGGGGGGACUCCGUACAAAGGCACCGUAAAAAUCGUCAUGACCGCACCACCAAUCCGAACUUCGAUUACGAAGCGUGGAAGCAAAAACACACGACGUUUGCUGAUAGCAAUGUACCGAAGUGGAUCGACGCGGUAGUUGAACAGUUCGGUGGUCCUGAUAUGCAAUAUGCAGCUGUCGGUUAUUGUUUCGGGGCCCCGUAUGUCAUGGACGCGCUUCUAGAGGGGUCACAAUUUUGCGCGGGGGCUUUUGCGCAUCCUGCUUUUCUCAAGGAAAGCCAUUUCUUCGCAUGCGCUAAACCUCUACUGCUAUCUUGUUCUGAGGUAGACCAUACCUUUCCCGCAGAGUCGCGACACAGGGCAGAGGAUAUCCUCAAGGAGAAGCAAACGCCUUACCAUGUUCAGCUGUUCUCUGGAGUAGAGCAUGGAUUUGCUCUCCGCGGAGACAUGUCUGACCCAUAUCAAAGGUGGAUCAAAGAGGAGAGUGCUGAUGCCAUCGUACGGUGGUUCCGUUUCUGGAUGACAUCGGGGCGCAAGUAAUGGCUAGGCUGACGCAAACGGCGUCACAUAUGUGUAUUUCAUGAAAUUAAUUUGAUCUUUCAUCUGAAUCGGCCUCACACCAGU